CUGUUCCCGUGACCCGGAAGUACUGCUCUCGGUGGUGACGUCUCUCCUUCCGGGUCGCCGUUUCCGCCUCUUUCUUUCAGCCAUUGCCGCGAGCAGGAGGUGAGCUCGGGGCUGCGGGGUGCUGGCCGGGUGGAGCCGGGCCCUGGCCGGGGAGAGAGGGCCCCGGGAGCGGGCUCGGGCCCCCGGGAGCCGCGGGGAGAGAGAUGGGGCCCCCGGGGGAGGAAGGCCGGGAGAGCGGGAACACGUGGCCGGGGAGAGAGCUGGGAAACAGCGGGGCUUGGUAGGCCUCAGUGAGCGAGACCGAGACAGAUUUAUAUCCCAGAUAUGGAGCUCCCGCCAGGGGCCAACAGCUUCCCAGGGGCCCCUCACCGGCUCUGUAUAAACUGCCUGGGGCCCCUCACCGGCUCUGUAUAAACUGCCUGGGGCCCCUCACCGGCUCUGUAUGAACUGCCAGGGGCCCCUCACCGGCUCUGUAUGAACUGCCUGGGGCCCCUCACCGGCUCUGUAUGAACUGCCUGGGGCCCCUCACCGGCUCUGUAUGAACUGCCAGGGGCCCCUCACCGGCUCUGUAUAAACUGCCAGGGGCCCCCUCACCGGCUCUGUAUAAACUGCCAGGGGCCCCCUCACCGGCUCUGUAUGAACUGCCUGGGGCCCCCUCACCGGCUCUGUAUGAACUGCCAGGGGCCCCCUCACCGGCUCUGUAUGAACUGCCAGGGGCCCCCUCACCGGCUCUGUAUGAACUGCCAGGGGCCCCCUCACCGACUCUGUAUGAACUGCCAGGGGCCCCCUCACCGGCUCUGUAUGAACUGCCAAGGGCCCCUCACUCUAAAUGGGUUCCCAGGGGCCCCUUGCCAGCUCUGUAUAAACUGCCAGGGGCCCCUCACUGCCCCUGUAUAAACUACCAGGUGCCCCUCACCGGCUUUGCGUAAACUGCCAGGUGCCCCUCACCGGCUUUGCGUAAACUGCCAGGGGCCCCUCACCGGCUUUGCGUAAACUGCCAGGGGCCCCCUCACCGGCUCUGUAUGAACUGCCAGGGGCCCCUCACUCUAAAUGGGCUCCCAGGGGCCCCUCGCCAGCUCUGUAUAAACUGCCAGGGGCCCCUCACCGGCUUUGCGUAAACUGCCAGGGGCCCCUCACCGGCUUUGCGUAAACUGCCUGGGGCCCCUCACCGGCUUUGCGUAAACUGCCUGGGGCCCCUCACCGGCUUUGCGUAAACUGCCAGGGGCCCCUUACUGUCCCUGCGUAAACUGCCAGGGGCCCCUUACUGCCCCUGCGUAAACUGCCAGGGGCCCCUCACUGGCUCUCUAUGAACUGCCAGGGGCCCCUCACUCUAAAUGGGCUCCCAGGGGCCAUUUGCCAGCUUUGUAUUUAAUGUUGGUGAGCCCCGCGCUAGAGAAAGGUAGGUGGCUGAGGGGAUUUUAACCAAUUCAGCCCGGCGAGGUGGGGGGACCUAAUGACCCUAUAGUCUGGCACUAUAGUGGUCCUUUAAGUAUUUUUAAAGUUUCUCUGCCUUUAUUAACUUGGCAUAAUUAUAGAAAAUAAAAUCUAACCAGUAAACAUGCACACAUUACAGGUCAUCGUGUGACUAUUCAGCAAAAUGCAGAACGACGCUGGAGAAUUUGUGGACUUGUACGUCCCCCGUAAAUGGUAAGUUGCAUUAUUGUACAUCUCAAGAGUAAAUCUAUUGUUUGAAGUCUACAUGAAGCAGAUAAUUAUCAGGAAAGUCUUUGCAGAUUGGGGUUUUACAUGUUUGAAAAAUCAGUGUUGCACAGAUUGCGUAUUGCCAUUUUAGCUGAAUUUCCCGUUUUCCCUCUUACACCAAACUGUAACAGUUGUAUAAAGUGAUGGUUGUAACCUGGACCUGUCACUUUGUAGCAUUUAACCAUGCAUAUUAAAAGCUAUUUUGAAAAAUGCUUGUUAAAAUCUUAUUUCCUGGAUAUAUCCAGGGCAUCACUUCCCACUCCUAGAUUGGAUAUGAACUCCUCCCUAAUUAAACAAGACUCCAUCCUUUGACUUUUGUCCUGUCCACUUCACUUGGACAUAUGUUUUGCACCUCCCUUUUUUUUUGUGUGUGUGUGUGACUUGAGUCUAAUAAGUACCCUUAGCCUAUGAGGAGUUCAGCCUUGUUAAAAUCUCAUUUUUAAAAGAAUCUUUGAUUAGACGUUUUAGGAGCCCAGAUUACGUCAGCUCAUUGAAGUGGUCUGGGUGCAAUGUCCCAGUCCCCUUAACCCUGCAAUGGUUGUUAUUGCAGUUAUUGAUACACUGCAAUAAUUACUUUGCAGGGUUAACUCUACCUCUAGUGGCAAGUACCAGACAGCUAUUUGAGGCACUUCCAUGUGGUUAGGCGACUUUUGGUCAGUUGCCCGAUGCUGGACGUCAUCACGCUCUGCAUGAGGACAUCCAGCGUCAUCUGAAAAGCAUUGAGUAAUGCUUUCCUAUGGGGUAGUACUAAUGCCAGUGCGCACCGCAUGAGUUUGAUUCCCCGCCAGCUCACAUUGGUGGAGGAGCUGCAUCCUGACCCAGCUCCGAGGGACAUCGGCGCUAGAAUCAGGAAAGUGACACAAUGGUUUUUAAACCCUUCCAGUGCCGCGAAUCAGGGGGGCAUUGUAGGUCACUAUAGUGCUACUGAGUUUUCCAAGCACUAUAGUUUCCCUUUAAAUGUGUGUUUUCCUAGGUGUUUGAAGGAUAAAGCAGCUUAUUUUGUCAGGCCUCCCAUUUACUUUGCCAUUCAUUGAUGGUUGUUUUCACUAUAUUCAUCUCACUGGUGACCAUUGGUCUCUUACCUUUCAGCUCUGCAAGCAACAGAAUUAUUGGUGCUAAGGACCAUGCUUCAAUCCAGAUGAACAUUGCGGAGGUGAGGGUCCUACAGUUCUUUAUUUUUAUAGGAUAUAUUCCUUUACUGCUAUGGUUAUUUUAUUUAAUCAAACAAACCAUUCUUCCCCGUUUAGCUCUUAUGACUUUACAUCUGAAUUUCGGGGAACACUAAUGGACAGUGAGGGAAACAUUGAGGAACACUAAGGGAUGGGGAGGGGUGCAGCAGAACACUAAUGGAAGAAGGAAACAUUGAGGAACACUAAGGGACAGGGGGAGGCAGAGGGACAGUAAAUAUUCUUGCAAACUUAAAGCAAAUCUGACUGGCAUGUAUAUUUUGUGCAUUUACCACUUUAAAAAAACUGCAAAAAUAAACAUGUUCAGUUAACAGUAGAUUUGUGUAGAAUUUUUUUUUCUUCAAAAUGGUAAAUAUACAGAGUAGCUGAUAACUUACAGAUACUCUGUAUAUCGGCCUGAAAGUUCAGAUUAUCAGUAUCGGCUCAAAAAAAUCAAUAUCCUGUCGAUCCCUACUUGGUAUAAUCUCCCAAGCUGAAAAAUAUUUUGUACUUUGCUGAAGGCAGCCAAUCUAGAGCUUUCCUCACUUAGUCAAACCUCCUUCGUAAAUCAAUUUAGACUUGUUUAAAUUACUUAGAAUUUUGCCCUAAAGGCUAUUGCAUUGAUUUGUUCCCUUUCUAUAUGGGUAAUGUAGAGGUGGACUGGAUUGCACUUCAUGUUGACUUGUUUAGAUUGGCCAAUUUCAGUUAUUUGCAAUAAUGUAGAGUUGAUUUGUGGCCUCAUUGACCCACUUGUAAUCUGUUGGUUUCACUUUCAGCUGGAUAAAGUCACAGGAAGAGUUACUGGUCAGUGCAAGACUUAUGCAAUCUGCGGUACAAUUCGCCGGAUGGUAUGUAAUGCUUUUCUCAGAAUCUCUACUUUAAUAGUUGAGCCUAAUGAUUGAGCAUUACUAGAGGAAAAUAAUGCACACAGAAUGACUACACAUAGCCACUACAGCCCUCUGUGCAGGUUUUGAUGCAAGGAAUACCCCAGUGCCAUUCCCCAGUAAUGGGGUAAAACAUUUUCUAAUGGUUUGUCCUAUUACCUGGGUCCUUGUUAGGUGCUGAGUCACUUCCUAGCUGGGUGAACGCUCUCCGCCAAUAAAUGAUGCUCUCUGCAGGGCAUAUGCACAGAAUUUACUUUAGUCUGCCCAGCGCUAUUGUUACAGGCUGGCUAAUAGCAUAUUAAUCUGUACAGUGUUUUGUACUGAAGCAGCAUAUACAGAUUCCAGUGUUUUGAAGUGGUUAUGGUGCUUGGAGUAACCCUUUAAACCAUUCUUUUAGACCCGUGACUAGCAUUCUCAUGAGUUUCAGGACUAUCAAAUUUUGUGUAGCCAUCCUACCCCCAGUGAGUCAAGUAGCAUCAAACAUUGAUCAGUGCGGUUUUGGGACCAGGGUGUCAUUCACAGUCACCGUAAGGUUACCUUGACUGACUGACUGUAAGUGUUCUUCACUUCAAGGUUUAAACAAAUAUAGAUUGUUUAAAGCGUUUCACCUUGUAACUGCCAGGUUCUAGGGCACCCUCAUCUGAUAGUUUUAUUUGGCAACUGCCGAGUACACUUUUGCCACUGUUCUGCUCCACCCCUGGGAGGAGCCUGUCUAGAUUAAAAUUGGCGCUUGUGUAAACUGGGCUGUCUUUUUAACGUACGCACAAAUUGAUGCCUUUUUCCAAUUCCUGUGCUCUUUAAACUGAUUAUACAUAGAACAGGCACUUGUAUUUUUUUAUACUUCUCUUCUUCUUCGCUGUGAUGUUUAUAUAAUAUAAUUCUUCUGUGUGUCGGUUACAAAUAUUAAUACGCAUUACUUACGUAUUCUUUAGAUUUGCUCUGCCUACAGUUACUAAUAUAAUAAAGCCGAUAUUGCUUGACUCAGGAAGGGAGAACACACGGACAAUAAGCCUCGGGGUCUUUUGUCCACUAUUCUGUAUAGCUAUGGCCAUAAUGACUAAAACUCUGCCCAUAUAAGGACAUGUAUGAAGACUUUAAUCACCAACAUUCCAGAGUUCUCAUGGUACAUCAUAGCAAAUUACCAUCUGUUCUUUUUAACCCAUAACAUAAAUAUAAAUAGAAACAUAGAAUAUGUCGGUUUCUGCUCACUAGUGCAAUUUUCAGCCCUGAUGCUUUAUAUUUCCAGGCCAAGGAUCAUGAAAUAAAACGUGAUAUCAUUUUUAUUGUUUGUGUUUUCUUUACAGGGAGAAUCUGAUGACUCUAUUCUGAGGCUGGCAAAAAAUGACGGUAUUGUUUCAAAGUAAGUUUCUGGAAUAUAAACAUUUCUUUCAAGAAUCCCCUCUGUGCAUUUAAUCUAUCCCAUAUGCCCUAUCUGGCAUAGUCAUUAAUUUGCCUAUUGUGCCAUGGAUAUCAGGGAGAAUCGGGUUGGGUUUGAGCAUAGAUUAAUUUAUUCUGUUUAUAUUAGAAUGUACACAUUUUAUAAGUUUCUAGAUUAGCGUAUUGUUAAAUAUGGUAUUAAUGUGAAAAUCUAAUGUCUGCGUAUUAUCUUCUUUACAGGAAUUUCUAAGAGGAUUGCUUUGAAAUGUGCUGCCUUGUACAAAAAUAAAAGCUGAAAAAUAACAUUUGUGUUGUCUUUUUAAUGGGGGGGGGGGGGUCAUCAGAUUCUUGAUGCAUGCU